AUGCGUUCGUCACUCGCCCUCGCCUCCCGUCUGGCAAAUAUCCAACUCACACUCUUCACCCGCGCCAACUGCGGUUUGUGCGACGUGGCGAAAGCGCGCAUUGGCGAGUUUCUCACCAAGAACGACGACAACAACAAAGGUACCAUCAAGAACGAGAAUGAGGAUGAGAACAACAGCAAAAGCAAAAGCAGCCGCAUCGUCCACUACGCCGAAAUCGACAUCAUGGACCCCGCCCAUACCAAGUGGAGGGACGUCUACGAGUUCGAUGUGCCCGUGUUACACGUCGAUCGUUCUGGGACUGGAAAACUAGGAGAACCAAGUCAGGACUUUGUACCGACACUCGACGCGGCGAGGAAGCUCAUGCACAGGUUCACGGCGCAGGAAGUGGAGAAUGCGGUUGUCGAGGUGGAGCAGCAGCAGCGAGGAUCAGGCUCAGAGUCAGCCUCGGCCUCAUCCUUAUGA